GUCGGACAUGCGCGGGCGAUAUUCACAGAAUGCAGAAAUUUGCCGGUAACGGCAAUUACUAAUAGCAAAAAUUUGAACAAAGGUAUAAAAACGCCAACCAUCAGAAUCAAAGCAGUUAUUGAAAUACAAUACUAUCAAAAAUGACAUCCCAACUUGCACGAGAAUUAGCUGAUUCAGGUAAUACACCGUUUGCGCUCAAUUAAAUUUCAUGCUAGGCGUCGAUUUAACAGCUCAUCUGUAGCGGUGGAGCGAGAGGUUGAUCGUAUGUUGCGAGAGCAUGGUGUUCAUCCUGCAAAAUACAUCGACAUAGCGUCUAUUGCAGUCCCUGAUUCGGAGGUCGCUAUCAAGACUGCUCAGUAUACUCAUAGUGAGCUUGAUCCAGUCAUGUGGAAUCACUCUAACAGAGUCUUUUACCUUGGAGCUGUGGUUGCAAGUGACCAAUUCCCUGAUUGGAACGCCGACCUUGAAACAUACUAUUUGACCUCGUUAUUCCAUGAUAUUGGAGUGGCACCAAAGUAUCAUCUUAGCACCUCUCUAUCGUUCGAAUUUUGGGGUGGGAUUCAUGCUCGAGAGAAGCUGUUGGAAUUUGGAGCCUCAAACUUGCAAGCCGACGAGGUUGCAGAAGCUAUCAUCAGGCACUGUGACUUUGUCCCCGGCCAAAUUCGAAAAACAGGACAGUUGAUACAGAUGGGUACUACGAUUGAUGUAAUCGGUCGAAAUCCGGAACUAUACGAUGUCAACACCAUAGACGACAUUGUGAAAAAGUAUCCCAGAUUAGGGUUCAACUGUCAUUUUGCGGAUUUGAUGGAUAAAGAGUGUCAGCAUAAGCCAGGAUGCCAUACAACUUCUGGCGAGUCAAUAAACUUCAUUGAUCUCAUUAGAAACAACAAGGUCAUGGAUAAGUAUGAUUCAAAGUAAGAUAUCAUGGAAACAAGAUAUAAUAAAGGAUUCGCUCUGUUAACGCAUCAAUAUCUGAAGCAAUGGGCAAAUGGAUUAAUGUAGUUUACCAUUCAGGGGCGUGCAAUUGGUAUGAGAGAGCCUAGUACCUGUUUGCAAUAGUAAAAUGAACCAUAU